AGCUGAGCGAGGGAGCAGAGAGAGGGGAGUAAAACAUGGAGGGAGCAGCAUUAACUACAGUCAAUUUACACAGCAGACACAGGAGAGACAGGCACUGGUUACUUUGAGAGAGGUAAAAAAAAAAAAAAAGAGAGAGAGAAGACAAGAGAGAGAAAAAAGGCAAACAGUCCACUUUGUCCAUUCUGUCCAAAGGAGCGGGAGCGAGAGCCGAGGGAUCGUAACACUGGAGCUCAAGGAUAAACCAUGGACUCUGCAUACAUCCCACCACACCUGGACGUCCACCAUGUUCCCUGCUAACCUCCUGCUCCUCAUGGUCCUGCUGCUACCUCAAGCCUCGUCUGGUCACCAGGGUGAAGACACCAGUAAGAUCGACCAUGACAGGGUGUCUCCGAUGCCUUCCUCCUUGUCUCUCCCACCGGCUGGUUCCCUCCUGAAGCCCAGUCUGGCUCAGACCAUCCAAAGUCUCCUCCUGAGUCGACUGGGCCUGCAGUCACAGCCCAACCCACGGCCUGGAGUGCCGGUGCCCCGGUACCUCCUGGAUCUUUACCGCUUUCACCAGCAGCAGUACCAUCUAGUCGAGGACCCUUUAUUUAGCUUCCCCAGCCAUCACAUCCAGCAGGCUAACACCGUACGCAGCUUUCACCACAAUGAGCCCCUUGGAGACGGUCCCAUAGCAGAGGAUCGUAAGAGGGUGCACAUCUCCUUCAAUAUUUCCUCCAUCCCUCAGGAUGAGAGGGUGCUCUCUGCUGAGCUUCGUCUCCUCCGCAGUGAAAGAGCCUCCCUGGGCCCAGGAGCCCACAGACUAAACCUAUACCUCUCUGAGCACCAUGAGGACCCUGAGCCCACUCUGCUGGAGACAAGGUUACUCACCACUGGCCUCCACAGUCAUAAAGCAAGUGGUUUCUGGGAGGCUUUUAGCCUAAAUACAGAGCUCCUCCAUCAGGCCUUUGCUGGGACUGGCAGCCUUGGCUUCCUCCUGGAAGUCAGACCUGAGAACAGCACCACCUCACUCCCUGAACAGGAAGAGAAACACAAAGAAGAACACCUGAGGGUGCGCAGGUCCGUGGGUCAGGAUGAGCACAGCUGGGCUCAGGAGAGACCCCUCUUGGUGACUUACAGUCAUGACGGGCGUGGAGAGCCUUUAGUCAAACAUGGCAGGAGGACCCCCGGUGGUGGCCAGAGGAUGAGAGGGAGAAAAGGGACAAUAGAGAGGGCCAGGAGCAGCAGCAAGGGCCGCAAUAGAGACCAAGCCUGGGGGAGGGCCAAAAAAAUGGGGUAUACAGCGCCAGGCUGGGGGGGUGAUAAAGGUGGGCUCAACUGGAGUGAAAGUGGAAGAGUGAAAAGAAAUAAUGGCCGUGCUGCGAAACUGAAACGCCUUUCCCGCAACAGAUGUCGCCGUCAUCCUCUAUAUGUAGAUUUCAACGAUGUGGGCUGGCACAAGUGGAUCAUUGCACCCAGCGGCUACGACGCCUUCUUCUGCCUGGGAGAGUGUCGCUUUCCUCUGGCCGACCACAUGAACUCCUCUAGCCACGCCAUGGUGCAAACUCUGGUAAACUCAGUGAAUGGAGCAGUACCCCGAGCCUGUUGCGUCCCCACCUCCCUCAGCCCCAUUGCCCUGCUCUACCUGGAUCCUCAAGACAGAGUGGUGCUGAAGAAUUACCAAGACAUGGUGGUGGAGGGCUGCGGCUGCCGGUAGUGGGCCAGUGCACUCAUGCAGAGAAAGCCAGACAUGGAUGAAGGAGCAUCGAGGGAAUAGGAGAAAGACAGAAGCAUGAAAUGGCAGAUGGUGGGAAGAAGAUACUGUAGAAGCUAGCUAACUGCAAACAGACAUAAAGACUGAUACAGACAAAUGUAGCAGCAUAAGAAGGAUGAGCGGAGAGGGGGGAGAUAAGGGAAUGUAUACAGCAGCUAAAUCAUCAUUAUCAGGAGCAGGAAAAAAGACAUAGAGAAAGAAAAAUAGUAAGAGAAACAGACACAGGCAGGAUAAAUGAUUAAACAAUAAGAAAGAGGAAGACAUGCAAGCAGAAAUGUGGUCAACACAAGAAAACUGCCAGGAAUUACUUUUCACGUUUUCCCAUUUAGCGAUGACGCAACUGUGCACACUGAGGGGCCCUCACAUGAGAAGCCAGUUCUUUAACAUCAGAGCAUGUCUAUUCUGUAUUCCAGUGUUUGCCACUCAUCUCACUCUCAUGCGAUUGUCUGACAAGCAGUUGUGUUCAGCGCAGGCAGUCGUGGACAUACAUUUUAAGCUCUGGAGCAGAAAUCUGUAGCUUCCUGACGGACUCACUGAUGAUCAGCAGCAUUAGCAAUACGACGAUGGCAUCUAAACGUUGUGUGACAGUGUUGUUUCUGCAAUAUUUGACCCAAGGAGUAGGGUGCAUCCGUUUUUUAUGAACGUUGAUGUAAUGACUGUCGCUUACAAGCACCCCUACAUCACAAGCUAUUUAAAACCACAACAAUAAUGCUGAGGAACUAUUAUGCUAUUGUUUGAAUGUACUACUAUCACUAUUAUUUAAAAAAAGAGAGACUUUUUUUGUACAUUUCUUUUGCAGACGUGAAGAAAAUCCAAGUGAUAGGGUUGUCUUGUGAUUCUACGUAAUUCCACUGAAUGGCGAUUCUAACUUAAAAGACACAUUAUGUAUUUAAAUAACAGCAAUAUGGUGUAUUUAAUCUUGAAAGUAUUUAAGAUACCUGCACUCAGCAGUGCAUACAGCAGACUGAAAGCCUGCUGUCCACAUGAAGUAAGUUAUGGUAGCUUUACAUCCAUACAAAUGUUCAAUGUAUUGAAUUAACAGUAUGUGUUACUUAAACUUCCCACCUUAUCAUUGCACACAUUUUGGUGUACAACACAUGAUAGCAGACAUAAGUGGUGUUGCCUUUAAAAGCUCAACUAACAAGUCAAUUGAAAGCUCUAUGUAUUUUAGCUACUGAAGUGUGUAACAACAGGUUUCUUUGCUAGUUGUGUCUGCAGGUGUCAAGAAAAAAGGAAGACUGAUAAUAAAACUGGGACUUUAGUGCCUUUCAAACAGGGGCUUUAAAAGUGUUCUCUGCUGAGCUUAGUAAUUGUUUUUCAGUGUUGCAUUUUUCUCUCUAAAUGGAAACAUUUAAGCAACAGCUUGUAAAAUGUUUGACAAUAUACCUCUAAUAAACAAAGCAAACAGCACAA